CUCACUCUGCUAGAUCUGGGGAGGAGCCGGCCGAGCAGUGGGAGGAGGCGGCGUCGGCGUCGGCGUCGGUCUGUGGGGGAGGCGAGGAGGCUGCGCCGGCGCCGGCGUGCGGCCGUGGGGGACGCGAGGUCGGCACGGCGUCGACGGUGGACCGCAGCAGCUUUAUCAGCAGUACGUCUCACUCCCUCGCAUCAACCGGGUACGCCGGCGUCGGCGACGGCAUCGUUAUUCGUUACAUCCCCCACCGGCGGUGCCGUAUUCUCUCUCGUCGGAAAACGCCCGGCUGCCCCCAUCCAAAGCCGGUGGCACCGCUGGCCGUGCUCCUCGAGGGGCGAGGGCGAGCCUCUCGGUCCUCGGCUGCUCCGCGGCCAUGGACGGUGUGACCUCACUCUCCUCCCUCACGUUUUCCAGAAGCACAAGCAGCCAGCGGAUGUCAAUUGCUGUGUACAUAUCACCUAAUGGGCGGUGGCUUUUUCGGUCCGUGCCUCCUGCAACCAUCGCGACCGCGUCUGCCCCGAAUUCCAUUCAGCCACCAGCGCCUGCCCUGGAUUCCAUCUCUGCCUUCCGAGGCGACGCACAUCGCCUUUCCCCCAUCUCCGUUUGGCCGCGCGUUCUCCGCCAGGCAGCGUGCUACCUCGGCGCCUUCCUCCUCCAGCACAACUUCAAAUCUGAUCAUUUAUUUGCGAGAUGAAGAAUGCAAAAUUGUGUCAAUCUUGUCCGGC